AAAUCCUAUUCAAGUAGACCAUAACAAAAUGGCAGCGCACAUGGAAAGCAUUGCGUUUUGUACAAUAUUGAAUGAAAUUGACUUUCUUCGUGUUACAGAAGGGUAUACUGAAGAUACUGUGAUAAUAUCUUCGAAGAGGAAGUUGUUUGAUGUUUAUAAGAUAUCUGACCAGAAGUCUUUGAAAAGCUGGUCAAUUAGACAUGGCAUAUCUUUGACUAGCCCGGUGUUCUGGAAUUCACAGCUAGAGAAGUUUGUAACAGUUGUAAAUAAUCAGGAAGUAAGAUUGUUAGACAAGGAUAAUGCAGAUUUUGAAAAGGCAAAGAAAAAACAGUCACGUACAAAGAUCUACGAUGUCAUCUCCUGUGAGAAUUAUGAACCAAUUUUAUUGUAUAUCAAUGGGAGAGUUAGUUUUCUGAGCUCAAUAAAAGAUGUUCAGAGUGAUGGCCCUUUAACAAAUAAACAAAAAAUAUCUUGGUGUAAGGCUUUUGUUAUACAGUCAACAUUAACAGUACUCUAUACAGUUAUCUCAAAGGGAGGGGUUCAUUUACAUACAAACAAAUACAACUCUGAUACAAGCAGCUGGCAGCAUACAGUGAUAAAAGUACCACAACCAAACAGCACAGCAUCUUGCUGUUCAUGUGAUGCUAUAGCUCAAACAGAUAAUAUAAAUGCUUUCUUCCUCUGGAGUGAUGGAAGUUUAAAUUCACUAAGACUAGAUGAAGGCAGUUGUUUUCCAGGGCCUUGUCAUACCAUGUCAGGUAUUAGCAACAAAAGCUGUUUGCUUGUGAUAGAUAGUAAUCACAUAGCAGUUGCUGGAAUUACUGAUAACAAUACUGAUGGUCUUGGUAUAUUUGACACAAAAUUUGGUCUCUUGAAGUCUUGGCAACCAUACCCAGAUAAAUGUCUUAGUAAACCAAAGAUGUGUAAAGUUCGGGACAAUUUAUUUCUGCCUUGCGGCACCACACUGUACAGAUACAAGUGUAAAUGUGAACCAUCAACAAUAGUGAGCCUGUUAGGUCAGGCCAGUAUAACAGACAACAAAAACACACAGUCUGUACCUGGCCACUACACCUGGAACCCACAUAACAUGAGAUGCAGUAUGAGUGAACCAUCAACACAUGUAUCUGAAUUAUUGACAACUUUGACAGAAUCCAAUCUGACGCACGCAAAGUUCAAGUCAGUAUUUAGUCAGCUCAUUGGUGAAUUGAAAAAGGCGGAGAAUCAUCAUUGGUUAUCAACAUGUCAGAUGACAACAUUGUUACAAAAGAUGAUGGAAGAGAAAAAGUUUUGGGCCAAGGAUGAGAUGAGUCAAUUGAUUGCUCUAAAAUGUAUACCACCCAGUUUAAUGGAUGAAUUGUUCACCUUCCUUGCACAGAAGUCAGAGAUUUCAAUGCUACACACCAUGUUGAAUACUGUACCUAAUAUACCAGAAAAAUGUCUAUGCAGUGCUUUGUCUUUCUUUCUCCAGUGUGAUGAGGAGAAAUUACCAGCAUUGAAAGGAACAAAAAUCAUAUCCAAGAAAGAGGCAAUAGAAGAUCUCGAUGAAAUGGAGAACACAGAUCAAAGUCAAUGUCCCUUCACCUCACUUCGGUCUCUCAUCAUAAAUGAGAUUUUAAGCUUACCAUACAGUGACACAUUUCUUCUGGAAUGCUUGAGAAAAGUCUCAUUUAAGGAUGCCUUGAAAUUACUGGAUUAUCUCUGCUAUUUGUUGGAAACAAAGCCAGGCUUUCUGAAAGGAGGAAAUACAAAUAAAGACCAAAGGUUGUCACAGAUACAGAUAGUAGACUGGUUAUGCUUGGUGCUUGAUGCUCAUAUUACCCAGUUUGUGUUAUCUCCAGACUGUCAUGUGACUAUUGUUAAGUUAGAGCAUAUUGUUCGAGAACAGGUACAGUUCUUUGAUGGACUUGUCACACUGGAAGCACUGUUGGAGCAUUUCAAAGCUAAAAGCUCACCACCCCAGGAUAAAAAGAUUGGACACUAUUGUAUUGAGGUGCUUCAUGUCUACUAGCUAAUGAUUUAUUUUUCAUAUAUAUGUGAUAAUACAAAAUAAACUUGUAAGAUAUAAUGUAUUUGUG